UUUUUUCAGAGUGGAGCUGGAGAAUGUUUGUUUGGUUUGAGUGGUUUUAUCAGUGACACUGGUUGGAUUGGUAUCAGAAGAUUAUUAGCAAAUACUCAAUCUCUCCCUUUCCAAACAGCAGAAAUAAUUAUUUCGCACUUGGAUCAACAUGGCUACUGACGAUAUAAAAAAAAGCUAUGAAGAACUUGAUAAUGACAGAAUUUCAGCCAAAUCCAAGGAGGACAAUGAUUCACCUGCGAUUAAUGGGAACAAUAGUGUUGAAGCAAAACGUGGCAUAGAUGACGAGUUUGAAGAUGAUGGCCAAUGCGGCUGGGGUGCCAUUAAACCAGAUUGCGCUCAGAAAUUCAACAACGCACCAGGAUUUUUAUUCUUUGCCUGUUUGUUCGCAAUCACCCAGGGUAUGACCGUAAACGGCAUAAUCUACGUCGUUACAACCACAAUUGAAAAGCGCUUUGAUCUUCCAAGCGUGAAGAGUGGAUUUAUAUCAAGCUGUUACGAUGUUGCAGUAAUGGUGGUGAUUGUGUUUGUGACAUACUUUGGCGAGAACAGUCAUAAACCUCGCUGGAUCGGUUUAGGUGCAUUGCUAUUCGCCGCCGGUUCUUUGCUUUUUACGACUCCUCAUUAUCUGACGCCUUUUUAUGACUUUCAGUCAACAGAUUUCAAAACGUGUGACAGAAAUAGUAGUAGGACAGAAGAUUGUGAUGAUGACUCUUCAAGCUACUCCAAAUACUAUGCCAUUUUUGUUGUGGCUCAGCUACUACACGGCGUGGGAGCGUCACCUCUUUAUACGCUUGGUGUUACGUACAUUGAUGACAAUGUCCCACAAAAAAUGACAGCAUUUUACCUUGGUAUCUUGAAUGCAUCCUCGUUAUUAGGCCCUGCAAUUGGGUACCUGCUAGGGGGCGUGUUCCUGUCAAUCUAUACCGAUGUCAGAGUCGACACAUCAAUGCUUGGAAUUGACAGCAGCAGUCCAUUGUGGGUUGGUGCAUGGUGGUUGGGAUUGUUGCUAAGUUCUUCGUUGUCCUUUUUUGUUGCAAUACCUUUCCUAGGCUUUCCAAAAUUUAUACCAGGGCAUAAAGAGUUAGCUAAAGAACGUGUUUCUGAAGCACAUUGCGGAUCAAACUUCCAAGUGCGCGCAGGAUUCGGUAACAGCUUACGUGACUUCCCAAGGGCCGUAAUUCAACUUAUCAAGAAUGUUCCAUUUAUGUUCAUUAAUUUGUCUGCGAUUACGGAGUGGUUUCUUCUGGCCGGGUUUGCUGUGUUUGCUCCCAAGUUUGUUGAAUCUCAGUUCAGUUUGUCCUCGAGUUGGGCUGCCAUACUUGUAGGUCUAAUAAUUAUCCCAGCAUCCAUUGGGGGAGCAGUGGCUGGUGGUUGGUUUGUCAAGCACUUCAAACUCAGGUUCAGAGGUAUGAUUAAAUUCUGCCUGGGGGCGCUGUUCAUAUCAUUUCUUUGCAUCGGUGCUUUUCUUGUUAACUGUCCUGAUGUAGACUUUGCAGGUGUUACUGUUGCCUAUGGAAACUCAAGCAUUGACAUCACUAAUGAGGAUGCUAACUUGGAUUCACUCUGCAACAACAACUGUGCGUGUUCUACGCAGUUCAACCCGGUUUGUGGAACCGAUAAUAUCAUGUAUUUCAGUGCUUGUCAUGCGGGAUGCGCUACAAUCAAGUCAGAGGAUGACACUGCUGAUGAGACUUACAGUGACUGUACAUGUGUAGAAGCAAUUAAUGGCUCUUCAGAGGCAGUGCUGGGUAAAUGCACCACAAACUGUCCAUACCAAGGUGUAUUUCUCGCCUUCUUAUUCCUGUUGAUGUUCACUACAAUUCUAGCUGUUGUACCUUCACAGACAGCAACACUCAGGUGUGUACCUCACUCACAGCGUUCAUUUGGCCUUGGCUUGCAGUCUUUAUUAUGGAGAGCAUUCGGGUCUGUGCCCGGUCCAGUGAUAUUUGGUGCUGUGAUUGAUAAGACCUGCAUCUUGUGGGAGGAUUCUUGUGGUAGUCAGGGCUCCUGUUGGUUAUACAGCAAUCGAAUGUUCAGUCGCUACUCGCUUUACAUUGGGCUUGCUGUUAAGGUAUGCUCACUUGUGUUUCUCACAUUAGCACUAAUCACGUACAAACCGCCACCAGAAUCACCACCGCCAGAGAAAGCUGAUCGACAGUGGUCGACCUCAUCGAGUGACCAGAUCACAUGUGUCAACUACAAAGAGAGUAAUAGUACUAAGUUAUAGUUGCAUUGUGGGAUUGUUUGAUAGGGUGAUGAUGGUGAUAAUGAUUUUAACAUUGUAACUCCAAAUAAAGGGGAUCUGCAGUGCAAUAAAUACAAAUCAUAUUUUUAGUGGUCUAAAAUUACCUAUACAGUAUAAGUAAUUGAAAAUUAACUAUGAGAGAGAAAAGAAGAUAUGUUUUAACUCAAAUUAAUGAUGUCAUACAGAGGUCAUUGGCCUGUUACUUAUGGAACCUUGAGAGGGUGUAGAUGAUCUAGAUUUAUAUAGAGUUUUAAAAAACACUACUUAUUGUAGUUAUUAUGCAAAUGAAGUUAACAAUAUGUUUGGCAAUAAAUAACAGUGUUCAUUGACAAAUUCACCAGGGUAUUUUUCAAUGAAGUCUGUUGUGAUGUAGUUAGUAUCAUGCCCAAUAUCAUGUUUAAUAGAUGCUGCAAAUUGUAAGAACAGCCACAAGAGGGCAGCAUUUAUGAAUAAUUAGAAAAAUUACUAUAGGUUGAGUACAGAUCUACUCGAUAGAGGUUUUAAAAGUAUAAAAUUAUUCAAAACCUAUAUUUUUAAAGCUCAAUAAUCAUGAAUAUUUUGGACAUGUGUUCUGAAAUAGAUUCUUCUAUAAGUGGACUAAGUAAUUCAAUUAAACCUUCACAUUCUGCACUCCUGUUUAUUUUUGAACUUUUAUUAAGUGAUAUCUAUAUAAAUCUAUGAUAUAUUGCCUUAACUCAUCAUGCGGGACAGUCUUACAUUCUCUGCACAAGUAGAUUUGGUCAAAUUCAUCCUAGAAUCCAUGAGACGUACGAAGGAGAACAUUCUCCCAUGCGCAGAUGACUUACAGGGUUGUCAUUACGUUCUGUCCUUCCGCGUUGUGCAAUUUAAAGUUCUCAUUUUUCUACCUCCACUUAACUAUUAUUAAAGUACUGGAAAUAUGAUUGUUGUUAUUUCAUGAAGACUCUCAAUGAUUACUAAGUUGCAAAACUGUACAGAUUAUUAGUAUUCAUAUAUAUCACUGCUGUUAAGUGUCUGAGCAUGUGCUGUGACCAUAUUGACAUUAUAUUUUUGUAUAAAAUGAAUAAUUAUUUCAUUCACAGUAUAUCAUAUAAAUAAUAAUUGUUAAUAAUUAUAUAUAAUUGCACAUUCUAUUUGAUAGUUGAGAUGAAUAACACAAUUGUGCGCAUGAUAAAAUAAUUCAAAGUGUCUUCUUGAAAUUUAUAGCCUGUAUAUUUUGUAAUAACAUGAUCAAAGUAUUUUGCAAACAAAUGUUUGAGAUAUUAAGUGUAAAUACCAAUAAUAUUGUGAGUGCAAAGAAUAAUAGUUAUUAUGCAAUCACUGACAAUAUCUCAACUAAUUAAAUCUUAAUCAUUUGUUUUAAGAAGUAUAUUAGAAGUGGAAAUGUAUGUAUAUAUUGGGGGUUUCAUUUACAGAAAAAAUAUUUGUAGUGCACUUUCCUAUAUAUAAAAUUGGUUGAGUUAUUCAACCCACCUAAAUGCAAUUAAAGUAUUAUGAUGAUAUGUGCUUUUUGGUUCUAUGAGAAAGGGUAUUUUGAGAAGGAGCCCGUAUUAUUACUCAGUACUUGUGUUUGGGCAUAUUACUCGAGGCCUAUGAAGGCAAUGUAAUUAUAUCAGAUACAUAAUUAAAGCUAAGAUAGUGAUGUAAAGGAGAGAAAUAAUGGCCCAUUUCAGACAGAACUGCAAUAUUGCAGUAAGCACGCCGGCAUGGGUUUCUGUAUGAAAGAGUUGAUAUGCCAAUAUGCCAGCUUACUUUAGGCCACUUUGCACCCUAGAAAUAUUUCCGCAAUAUUGCGGUUACGAUUACUUGCUCUGUCUGAAAGGGUCUACUUGAAAUUGCGGCAAUCAAGCCGGGGUGUGCAUUUAUGCAUAAACAAACAAGGUUAAAGUUGAAAACAAUUGCGCGGUGGUAUUUAAAUGGCCAAUAUUACGCCAUUCUAUAGGACCCUUUCAGACAGAAAAGCAUAAGAUUACCGCAAUAUUGUGGUAACAAAGGCGCUGCGUGAAAGGGUAUGGACCAGUUAUGACGACAUUCUUACCACAAUAUUGCGGCAACAUCUGAAGUGGGCUAAUAAUUUUGACAUCAUUUUGAAAUUUAUUGAUGAAAAUACAUAUUUUUUUUGUUGAAUUUUUGUAGAUGAAGCAGUUUCCUUUUAAGUUUAAUAAAGUUUUAAUAGAAUUUUA